GAAUUUUGUUAUCGCAAACUUGAUCGAUGUGCGAUAACAUAACGCGUGUAUUGAGAACGCAGCAUUUGGGCGUGCGCACAGUUGCAAUUCGAUUCGAUAAGAGUGAGUACCAUGCAAGCCUUAAAAUAUUUGCACCGGCUGCCGCAGCCGAUUUCCCAGCCUUCCAUAAGUUAUAAUGCAGCGUUCGCGGGCGAGCAGCACAAGCAGCGGACGUGCACCGAACACACAACCGCCAACUUGCCAGCCGUUAGAGGCGCCCAAAAUAAUUAUUAUACAUCCGGGGUCGCAACAUUUGCGUAUUGGACGUGCCGCCGACCUCAAUCCGUUGACCAUUCUGCAUGCGGUCGCCUACAGGCGUAUACCUCAAGACGGAGAUGCGCCGCAUCACGAUCCAUUGCUACCGGCACUGGACAACCUGAACUCCACUCGGCUGCAAGCGGAGUUUGAGGAGCAACGUCUGGCUGUCUCUCGCCUGCUGCAGCAUUGCGUGGUCGAUGAACAGAAUCGUUUGCGUGUCGCUACGCCGCCCCAGCAGCUGGCUCACUUCAAUCGCAGCAGCAUCGCCGAGCAAGUACCGUCACCUGUGCCGCUUGAAGAGGACAAGAACUGGCAUAGCGAAGCGCCUGUGCUCUUCGAUGAGCAAAUUCUCCGCUUGAGUGCCAGCGACGCCCACAAUUAUGAUAUACACUUUCCUAUCCAGCGCGGCGAGCUGAAUGUGCAUGGCGGAAAGGGUGGCUCCCUGCAGGCAACAUUGUCGCACCUGGAACACAUCUGGUCGCAUGCUCUGGAGCAAUGUUUGGGUAUAUCACUUCGAGAGUUGUGCACGCAUAGCGCCGUUCUCGUUGUGAACGAUGUGUAUGUGCGACGGCAUCUGCGCGAGGCAAUGACCCUGUUGCUGCAGCGAAUGGGGUUCCAGCGCUGCUUCCUUGUUCAGGACAGCGUGGCUGCCACCUAUGGCGCUGGCAUUGGCUAUGGCUGUGUGGUGGACAUUGGCGCCCAAAAGACUUCGAUUGCGUGCAUCGAGGAUGGCAUAUCGCAGCUGGAUGCACGCGUCCGCAUCAGCUACGGCGGCGGUGACAUUGACCAGGUGCUGCUCAUGCUGUUGCGGAAAUGCGGAUUUCCCUACCGCGAAUGCUGUGUGCAGGAGAGCUAUGUGGAUGCCCAGCUGUUAGACGAGCUAAAGGAGCGGUUCUGCCAUUUGAACGCGAACGUUUGUGGGGCACAGGAGAAGCAUUUCACACUUCGUCAACCGCAAGGCCAAUGGGUGCGCUACACCCUUCAAGUGGGCGAUGAGGCAAUCAUGGCACCCUUAGCUCUCUUCCAUACAGAGCUACUGAACAUAACGGGUAAAACAAGGGCUGUGCACACGCAGCAAUCGGCGCAGGAGCAGUAUGACUGUGAGGAUUGCUGCGAUGCCGAGUAUCUACGAGAGACUGGACGACGCAAUGGUGUGCGUGCCGGAGAUAUGAGCAUCAUUGGUAACUCUUCUGCGCCCAUAUUCAACUCGACUAAGCCGCCACAGCUGCCCAUCACGGCCGACGAUGAGGAGCUGAUUGUGGUCGACCAGGAUGACACGACAGUCAGCAGCAACAGCAACUCCCAGCAGCAACUGUUGCAGCAACAGAUGCCCAAGUCGAGCAAUGCGUGGUACUUCAAUGCAGGCGGCCAGGUCGUGUCGCUCGAUCAGGCUGUCAUACGUGCGAUUGGACGCUGUGGCAGCUAUGAGACGCGGCGCAAAAUGUUUGGCGCCAUUCUGCUAGUGGGCAGCAGUGCCAAGAUGCGCGGAUUGGCCGCUUGGCUGGAGCAGCGUAUCAGCCAGCAGGUUCCACCCGGCCUUGAAGUCAAUGUCUUUAGCAAGGGCAUGGAUGUGGGCAUGGUCGCGUGGAAAGGCGCCGCCAUCAUGUCGGUACUAGAGAGCGCACGCGAACUGUGGAUCACGCAGCGGGAAUGGCAACGCUAUGGCCUACGCAUCCUGCGCGAACGUUCGCCCUUUCUCUGGUGAUAUCGGAUGUGUACAGCUAAUUGAAAUUGUGUAUUUAUGCAUUUAAGAAAUUAUAUUACUUUUAUAAGCGCCAAUUGAAUUGAGAAAUAUUUCAUAAAUUUUA